AUGGCUAAGAAUGAAUAUGGUUUUAUUCUGAAUAAAAACAAUAAUAAAAAUAACUUGUCAAUGAAAUUAUUUGAUCAAGAAGAACAUGUGAAUAGUAGUUAUGAUUUAACAUCGGAUGACGAUGAAACUAGAGAUGGAGAAGAUGAUUACGAUCAGGAUGCGGAGAAACUAACUUCAUCUGUUCGAUGGUUGCUUAAUAAAGCGUACAAUAAUUCCAUACCUGAUUAUUUGCCAAAAAAACAAUUUUUUGUUUUUGAAACAGAUGAUAAUAACGAACAACAACGUUUUCUAAAUCCAGAUAUUGCUCUUGUUUUAUUAUCUGGUGAUUUGUAUUGUCGUGCUUAUACAAAUAUUUGUCGUAUGACAAGUGUCGAUGUAGAGGAAGAUGAAGACGAUAAAAAUUUGACACUGAACGAUGUUCUCGAUAUACUAAAUCAAUUUCAGCAUCCAUUGACAUCAUGUAUAUCAUAUGAUUCACUAAAGCAGGACGAACCACUAUGUGCAUCAGCUCAUUUGUCAAUGAUCGAUACAUUAAUGUGGUUUUACUCCACUCGUGUUCUAAAACAGAGUAUAAUUAUGAAACGAUUAGAACGUUUAAAUCAAUCUCCAUCUUUGAAACAACAAUCAUCCAUUACACAUGACAUUGAAUCUUUAUUGAUUAUUUGGAUGAAUGGCAUUUGUGAGUAUGUGGCAAAAUCAUUUGUCUUUAAACGUAUACCACCUAUAAUCAAUUUAAAUUCUGAUAUACAAGAUGGAAAGUGUCUAGGUAUUCUUCUUGGAUUUUAUGAUAAAAAAUUUUCGUAUGAAUUACUCAAUAUGAGUGAAUAUUUGUCACCGGUGAAUAUUUACGAAAAUAUUAAAUAUUUAAAAAUAUUUUUAAAUCAUAAAAAGUCGGGAUUAUUUUCAUUUCAUAUUAAACCAUUUAUAUCCAAUUAUGCUUCAUUACAUCCAAAUAUAAUUGCAUUUUUAAUUGAAUUAUUUUAUAUUUAUGAAUAUUCUGUUUAUACAACAGAUAGUGAACAACACAACAAUUUAGUGGAAAAUUUUCAAAAGAAAAUAUUAAAAAUGAAAAAUAAUACACAACGUGUCGAUCAUGAUGAAAAAUAUGAUGAAAUUGACGAUGAAGAUAAUAUGUUGAGAUCAACUUAUUCUAUUGAUGGUGAUGAAAAUGAAAAUUUCGAUUAUAAUCAUUACAAUGAAGAAAAACAAGUACAAUUAUCAACAACAAAAUCAUUUAAUCCACCAGUUAUUACUCCAACAGAAAUUGUUUUACAAACAAUGACGAAUCAUGAUAAUAAUCUAAGACAAUCAUCGGCAAGUAGCAUUCCAGUAUCGUCUGAAAAAUUACCAAUUAAGUCGUCGAUGAAAAGUAGUUUAAAAAAUUCCAUUAUACCAUCAUCUUUCAAUCAUGACGAUGAUAUUAUUGUUCGUACGCCAAAAAAGACUUCAUUUGCUACAACAACCUGGCAAAAACAAGCGGCUAUCCAAAUACCAAAGACAAAUGAUAAUAAUUUCAAUAACGAUGAAAAUGAACGUAUAAAUAAAGAAUUUUUAUCAAUUAAAAUGCAAUUAGAAAUGAAGAAAAAAUCAAUUGAAAGAGAUAAACAACGUUUAGAAAUUUCACGUGAUGAAAAACGUCAAACAAUCGGACAUGAAGCGUUCAAACAAUUAUUACAACAAAAAAGAAAAAAUGAUUUGCAAUCAUUUCUACCGAAAGAAGAACAACAUCAAACACAAAAACAUAAAAAAACAUCAUUUGAAGCGCCAGCAAACAUGAACAAUAGUUAUAUCGAUCAAAAACAGAGCGAUGACAAAACGACGACAAGAAAAUUAAAAAAAUCGUCAACUACUAUGGUAGAAACACGUCCACGAACAGAUGAAGUCCCUUUAUCCACAAUUGUUGAUUUAUCCAAACCAAUGACUCCCGAUGAUUUUCUAGCAACGUUAGAAUUAUUAAAAAAGAAAUAUAUAGAGACAACAACAACCACGGCAAUGGUAGAUGAGAAAAAAGGCGACGAGUUGAAAAAUAAACUAAAAUAUGUUGGCGAAACAACUCCAACGAUUAAACACCGUUCCGUAUCACCUCCUACAUCAUCUGAUCACGAUGAUUUGUCAUCGUACUCUGAAUUGCAAAAUUAUGAUAAAUCAAUAGAAAAAUUAACUUCAAAUAUAAGUGAGCUACAAAAAGUGAUAACAACAUUAUCAAUUAAGCAGGAACAAUUACAGAGUCAAGUUAGCACGUCAGUCGAUACUAAAGAGUCUAAACCAAUCGUAGCAAAUAACACAAUAUCGAGAAAGCCAACAUUCAGUGUUACAAAGCAAAAGCAGCCAUCAACGACUACUGCUUCUUCCUCUAUAAAUAAUAAAGGAACAUUUACCAGACGAUCGUCAAAUUCAUCAGUACCACGUGAACCUAUACCAUUUGUACUUAGUCCUCCUUUAGUUGUGGAUCAUCACCAACAGCAACAGGAAGAACAACAACCAAUUCCAACAGCACUCGUGUUAGAAAUUAUCGAUAGUACAACAGAGUCAACAGCAAUUGAAAUGGAAAAAAAACGUGAACUAAUGUUAAAUAAACAAUUAGAACGACAAAAACAGUUUGAAAUGAAACGACUUAAACGAGAAGAAGAAAAUGCUAGACGUGAUUUUGAGAAACGAAUGAAAGACGAGGACGAAUUGAAAAAACGAAAUGAACGUGAACAGCGACGAGAAGAAAUAUAUCGUCAAUAUUUGAUGAAAAAAGAUAAUAAACAGAAUGGUGGGAUGGAUUAUGAUGAUAACGGUGAUAAGUAUAAUACAAUGAUUAAAACAAGACAAAAAGGUUCAAAUCGUGUGACAGAAAAACGACCAUCAGGUCCAAUAAUCACGCCCGGUUUUGGCGGUGGUACUGAUGUUGAAGACGGAAGUUCAACGAUUGUUCAUGAUGAUUUGAAUAAUGAUGAUUUAUCUUUUGUUAAAUUGGCCGAAUUACGUUCUACACAUACGCCACCAAAAUCUAUGUCAUCAUUUUAUACUUUGCCUCCAUUGUCAUCGGCCAACAAUUCUAAUUUGCGUACAAUACCUCGUAAUUCAGGACGUUCACAUCAACCGUCUUCGACAGCAGCAACAGCAGUAGUAGCAGCAGCAGCAGCAGCAACACCUAUACCAACUUCACUGACUAGUGUACCAUCUUCCAAUGAAUUAUCGUUUGUUGAACCGAAAUAUCCAUUGGCUAAACCAUUAUCGGGCAAAAGUAAUAAACAAACAAUUAUCAAUUCAUUGAGUCAAGUGAUAUUAGCUGGACGUGUUAAUACAAAAAUUCGUGAACAAGUCUGUGAUGAUAUUGAAAAAUGUGAUACGGCUAAACAUUUUAUUAUUUUAUUUCGUGAUCAGCGUUUACAAUAUCGUGGCAUUUACACCUAUCAAGCUGAACAAACAAAUAAAAUUGAACGUUUAAUUGGUAAUGGUCCACGAGAAAUAACAAACAAUAUGAUCGAAACAUAUUAUAAAUAUAACAACGGAUCAAAACAAUUCUCACAUGUGCCAAUUAAAUCUUUUAGUGUACAAUGUGAUGCUGUCAGUAUUCAGAAUCAAUUUUGGGUAAAAAAAUCCACAGCACAACUACCUACAUCAACAUCGGCGGGUAUUGGAGCAGGAGGAGCGACAGCAACGACAAAUAAUGAUUCCAAAGUUUCCUAG